AUGAGCGCUAACGCGAACUUGCCAUCAACCGCCUCUCGUCCCGUUGCUACCGGCGAGACUGGAAGAACGGCUGGUGUUAGAGAAGGAGUUGAUGAGGUCCGCAAUAUCCCCAGAAAUGCACAGAUCCCGGGUGGUUUCCCCACAUCUGGAACUGAGCCUUCAGCUGGAGUGACUGGUGCCUCCCAAGGUAGUUACACUCAUCAUCAACAACCACGCAGCUACGAUCCAGCUUCUCCCUCUGGUCGUCACACUGCAGCUUACGAUGAUGAGUUCAGCGACGAGGAAGACUUAAGCAAAGAUCGCGAGUCACAAGGUGGAUUUAUCCAGACAGCAAAGAGCUUCUUUGGUCGUGGCGGUUCCGUUGACUCGUCUUCAUCAAAGGGUCAUCGUAAGUCUGCCAGUACUGGAGUCCCCACCACCGUUACAUCGUCAUCUCCCUACGGUGAUAACAGUGGUCUCUCCGGCGAAAGAAGCUCACAGCAAACCCAUGGAACAACUCAUGGAGAUGCAAGUAUCAAUCCUGAAUUUGAAACUAAGCCUGCAAGUGGAACAGGUGUGUCUUCCUACAUUCCAGGUGCGGCGGCUCUUGGAUUGGGAACUGCAGCUGCCUCUAAUAAGGGCAAUCUCAGCAAGCACUACAAAGACGUGACUCCCGGCGUCAAUGCACCUGUGCUUAAUGAAAACGUGGUUGCAGCAAAUGAUAAUGCUAAUCAGAAAUAUUCGUCUUUGGUUGAUCCGGUUGUCAGCGACAGAGAGAUCUCCCAAGCCGGCAACUUAAAGAAAAACAGAGAGAGUGACCUUUACUCAUCUUCUUCAAAUACUGGAGCUAAGGGUGUCAGCCAGUCUAACAAUCCAAAGAGCGUCUCUCAUGGCGCUCAGUCUGGUGUCACCUCAGCAGGUGUCGCUUCCACCGGAAACGAUAACUAUACGACCACCGAGAGAACACCAACUGGCAUUGCCGGAAGCAACGUAGGUGGCAGAGGUUACAAAGAAGGAGUUCAAGAUCAGGACUUUACUUAUGGCACUUCCGCUACCGAAGAUUCACUCAAGAAGACUGCAGUUGGAGCCGGUGGUGUUGUCGGGGCUGCAGCAGGAGCUGCAGUUGGACUUGCAGCGUCUUUGGGAUUGACCGGUGAGGGCCAAGACCAGACUGCCAAUACCAAUGACAGAAGAACAGGUUACAAUGAAUCAAAAAGUGGAUAUGACGCUGAUUAUAAUGGUGCCGGUACAACCGGGGCUACUGGUGUCGCCGGUACUCAUGGUGUGACGACCGGUACGGGAAGUGCCUCCACUGGCGGAAGCUCUGAUUACACCACCAACUUCAAGGGCUAUGGCGAUCAAAGAGGAAAUGACAAUUCUGCUCCAAUUGGCUCGAGAGGUGAGCAAGUCUCUGGUUAUCCCCAUGAGUAUGCUAGUACUAAUACUGGUGCUGGUGGUACACAUACUGGUACCGGCAAUGCAGCAGUCGCUGCAGGUGCAGUAGGUGCAGGUACAGGUGCGAUUGGAGUUACUCAUCUUGACAAAACACCAGCCUCUCAAGGAACUCAAAACCAGACUUCAGGAGUUUAUGAAGGCUCGAAUACACAAGCUCCUAUUAGGGGCAAUACAGCUGGAGAUUCUGGCUAUUCUGCAGGCUCUGCCUCUUCUCCAGGGUAUGACCAGUCAGGAGUUGAAGAAGAGGGCACCCCCAAGAAAAAAGGCUUGCUGAACAAGAUCAUGGGAAAAAAUAAGAAGGAUGAUCAACACCAAACUCUUGACCAAUCUAAGGGCCGCAACGAAGGCCAUGGUAACGCCGCUGCAGGUGGAGCUGCAGGUGGAGCAGCAAGCGCAGCUGCUGUAGCUGGUGCCGGUGCGGCUUACAAGUCUCACCAAGGUGGUGGUAAUUUGAAGGACACUGGUAUCAGCGGUGGAAAGGCCGCUUACGGUGAUUAUUCUAAGGGUACGGGAUCGGCUAACAAGUCUGGUGCGCACUCUGGUUACGAUCAGACCAGAGAUUUAGGACAAGGAUCUGGUCAGCAUGCUCAUUCCAAGCAGCCAGGUCAACCAACCAAUUACCAAUCCGGCCAACAGGAGAUUCCUUCUCAAUCUCACGGAAAUCAAGGUGGUACUCAGGGCCAGUCAGGAAUAGCUGCCGGGGCUCUUGGAACUGCUGGUGCCGCUGGUGCUGGUGCUGCAUAUAAGUCUCACCAAGGCGGUGGUGACUUGAAAGACAUAGGCACUAGUGGUGGUAAUGCCUUCUAUUCCGAUUACAGUAAGGGCAAAGGUGAACAAGGCAAUGCUGACAACACUUACGGCCAGACUGGAGAAGGGUAUGGUCAAACCGGUCAGUCAGGUCAUACAGGUCAUACAGGUCAAACAGGUCAAACAGGAUAUCAAACCUCUGAGCAAUCCGGUCAGUCUGGACAUGGAAAACAAGCCUUGGCUGGAGGUGCUCUUGGAACUGCAGGUGUCGCUGGUGCAGGUGCUGCUUACAAGGCACACCAAGGCGGUGGUGAUUUGAAGAAUACUGGCAUUUCUGGUGGAAAAGCCGCGUACUCUGAUUAUUCCAAGGGAGGACAAGAUACUUCGAAAACCUCUGGUACUCAGUCUGGCACAUAUGCUCAGCAAUCUGGAAGCGACUAUGGCCGCGGAAACACAACCGGAGCCAGUGUUGCCAGUGUCAAGAAUGCGCCAGGAGCAAAGUCUGAUCUGCAAGGCAGAAAUGCUGGCUAUGCUACCGGAAGUGAGAACCUCGGAGCUAGGGAUGCUUCUGGCCAGUAUGGUUCGGAAGGGACAAACCCUCAGUACAGUUCCCAUGGAAAUGCAAACCCAUCUGGAAACGUCCGUUCGGAUGCUGGAUUUGGUAGCACUUCUGACCAGCCUCAGACUCUUGACCCUAGAGAGAGUGACCAUUCUGGAGCUAAAGGCUCUGGUGGUUUCUUGGCUGGUGCUGCCGGAGUUCUUGGGCUUGGUCAUCUCGUUGGUGGCACCAAUUCCAGUCCUACUGAUGAACAAGCUGGAACGGCUGGUUUGGGAAAUACUGGUGAAAGAACUGUUGAAUCCGGAAAUGUUCCUGUUCACUCUCAGUCCGAGUAUCCAACUACUACUGAUCAUGGGACCACCUCACAGGGCUUCACUUCGCAGGACACCAACCCAUACCAAGAGUACUCCCAGACAUCCAAGGGAUCAACCCGAGGGGCAACCAAGGCCACAUCUAAGGGGACAUCCAGAGGCACACAAGGACAAUUCCAUGAGGUUCCCGAAGUAGAAGAAAUGAGUGCUCGUGGUAAAAACACUUCUGGUGGUCAGAGCCAGGCUCUUGGUGGAGGUGCGCUUGGAGCUGCUGGGGUUGCCGGUGCCGGAGCUGCCUACAAAUCUCACCAAGGUGGUGGUGAUUUGAAGAACACAGGUAUUUCUGGCGGAAAGGCGGCGUACUCUGAUUAUUCUCAGGGAGGGAAGCAAACUGGUUACGAUGAUUACGCUAGAUCUGGUAACGAUCAGACCAGGCAAGCAGGCGGCUACAAUCAACAGUCCACUCAACAAGCAUACCCUCAGCAAUCAGAUGAAAAAUUUGGUUCGCAACCUAAAGGCUCUCAAGGUGGAAGCCACGGCAAAUCCGGUUUAGCUGCCGGGGCUCUAGGAACUGCUGGUGUGGCCGGGGCAGGCGCUGCUUAUAAGUCUCAACAGGGAGGGAAAGACUUGAAGGAAACUGGCCUAAGUGGUGGAAAGGCAGCUUACGGAGAUUAUUCCAAGAAUAAACAGCCUCAAUCUUCUGGCAAUAAAUCUGGCGACUAUGUUGAUCAGGGAAUUACAGGUGGCCAAUCUGGACAAUAUAGUGGAAAUGAUCAGUCUGGAAAGGCUGCCUCACAUGGACAGUCCGGAUAUGGUACUUCUGACCAAUAUGAUCAAUAUGGGGGUGAUUAUCAGCAAACCAGUCAAGGCCAGACCCAAGGCCAAGGCCAUGGUGGCCAAGCACUGGCCGGUGGGGCUCUUGGAGCUGCGGGAGUGGCAGGUGCUGGAGCAGCAUAUAAAUCCCAACAAGGCGGAAAAGACUUGAAGCAGACUGGUUUGGAUGGAGGUAAGGCUGCGUACUCGGAUUACUCCAAGGCAAAAGGUGGAUCUACAUCUAAAUCAGACCCUACUGGACGCCAGUCUCAGACUUAUAACCAAGGCUUACAGUCAUCUGGACAAAAGUCCUCCCUCCAAGGGCAACAAAAAGAUCAGAGUGCCUCAACAGGUCAGGGAAAGCAAGGUCUGGCUGCAGGGGGUCUUGCAGGUGCAGGUGCCGCAGGUGCUGCAGGUGCAGGUGCGGCUUACAAGUCUCACCAAGCCGGUGGCAAUUUGAAGGACACUGGUAUCAGCGGUGGAAAAGCAGCCUAUACUGAUUAUUCUAAGGGUAAUAAGCAAUCUGCAGGGGCAGGUCAAGGUUACUCUCAGAAUCAAUCGGAUGCUGCCUACCAAUCCCAGCAGGGUAAGAAAUAUCAAGACACCGGCGCUUACCAAGAAUAUCCUGCUGGAACGCAAGGGAAGAAUGCUGGUUUGACUGGCACUUCUGGUACUGAUCGUAACGCUUCUGGUGGAUACCAGGCUUCUCAACAGCAGAAGACUAGUGGUGUUUCUCAACAAAACCAGUACCAGGAAACUGUCAGUGACUAUCCUAGGGCUGGUGGUUAUGACAGUUCAGCACUUGGUUCAGCACCACGGGGCACUGAUCACCAUGAAACACUGGUGGGAGUCGGAGCGGGAGCUGGAGCGGGAGCUGUUGGAGCAGGAGCAUUGGCUAAUGAAGGCUCUAACAAUCCCAGCUCACCUUCGACUUCUGAAAAGAAGAAGAAGAAAGGUCUUUUUGGACUUGGAAAGAAGAAGAGCCCAGAGCCAAGCAGAUAUGGUCCAGUCCAGAAAGGAACAGUAUUUCAGGGUGAACCUGCUGGAGAGCAGGGAUAUGGUGGUGGGUACGGUGGUGCUGCUACAGGUGCUGCUACAGGUGCUGGAGUUGGCGCUGGAGCAGCUGGAGCAGGAGCUGGUAGCGGAGCUGGUACCAGAAGUGGCUACGGAGCCGGUGAUGCUGAUACUUCCAAGUAUGGUGGACAGCAGGGAAACGCCUACAAUAAUGCCGAUGUAAAGGUGGAGCCUAUUGAUCCAAGUAUGGUGAGUGCGGCUGAUGCUUCGUUGCUUGAUGCUGCUGCCAGAGAUGCUCAAGCCAACCAGACAGGAGCAUUUGCUUAUUACAAGAAUGACCCUAACUUGGGUGGCAUUGCAGCUGUUCCAGAUCACCAGGUGCGUUCAGGAGGCCAGGGUGCUCAGGGUGCUGGAUAUGCUACUCAAAGUGCUCAAGGAGGCCAAGGCACCGGUUAUGCCUCUCAAGGCACCAAGGGCUCUCAAUCAGGCUACGGUACUCAAGGCACCACCAAGGGUACUCAGACUGGUUACGGUACUCAAGGAACUGCAGGCGACUAUGGAACUCAAGGUGGUCAGACCACUGGUUACAGUAGUCAAGGCACUAAAGGUAGCAGAGGUGACCAGGGCACUCAGUCAGCAGGUUACGGUACUCAGCGUUCUGAAUAUGGAACUCAAGGCACUAAAGGUACCAGAGGCAAUCAAGGUCUCCAGAAUGCUGAGUAUGGAACACAAGGUGAUCAGACUACUGGUUAUGGUACUCAAGGUACCAAAGGUACUAGAGGAACUCAAGGCACUCAGGGUGCAGGAUACGGUUCCCAGGGAACCCAGAAUGCAGGAUACGGUUCAGAGAAUGCAGGAUACGGUUCACAGGGAACCCAGAAUGCUCAGGGUGCUCAGGGUACUCGAGGUGCAGGGAACAAUGCUUCAGGAUCGCAAUACGUUGAUGAAGGAGCAGAAGGACCCAAAAAACAAGGCUUGGUGCCAAAGAUCAAGAGAGCCCUAAAGGGAGAAUAG